AUGAUCAAAUGCUUUAAAAAGCUCAUUUAUCAAACAUUAAACAAUAAGAUAAUCUGGCAAUUUGGUUCUUUACAAUGCAAUUGUUUGACUCAAGUGCUUAGAAUGUCACGUCAAUUUGGUUCAAUAUAUAGUGGAACCAGCGGAGGGAGUAUCGAUCCUUCGUCGGGCAUAACAAAUCGUCCUGUAUCAUUAGCUAAUAUCGCAACUGCGUUCUUAAGCGAACGAAAAACUUCCGCGCGUCGUUCAAGUGGUGGACCACGAAAACAGCGAUUAACCAGCAAAGGGCAAUCAACUUCGAUUUCUAAGCGUCAAUCAAGUUAUACAACAACGACAACAGAUGAAAUCCUAGGUGGCCGACGAUCAUCGGUUGACAAUAUGAAUGACGUUAUCGCAACGCUUUUUUCAUCUCAUAAUGGACCGACUAAUAGUGAUAAUAAACAUCGAUCUAAUGCAAUGUUAUCACAAGAAGAUCAUCGUUUGCUGCUAUCAUCCAGUGAAUGGAUAGAAGAUGUUAAAGAUAGUGAUCCCUAUGUAUCUGUGUGUAGUCGAUUGGGUGAAGCCAUUCAAGAUUCGGAAACUUAUUUUGAAUUUGUCAAAAAAUCUUUUUCAAUUAUUACACAUACAUUUGUUGCUACAGCUUUAUUAGUCCUUUUAACGAUUUUUCAAGUGAUACUAUUUUUCAUGGGUAUGAAAAUGCAACGUUUAUCUUUUGCUACUUAUCCAAAAACUUCAUCUUCAGGUGUUAAAUAUCUCAAUGACUGUCCAGUGCAACCUAAUUUACCCGUUUAUCUGCUCGUCGCGGGCUCGAUGGGUCUUGUACGUGUACUAAAUUUGUUAUGGAAGCAGUUUCGUCGGCGACGGAUGCGUAAACUAGAAGGCGUCGAACUUGAUCAAGAAGAAGAAACUGAAAACGACGGAUCUGACUUUACUGAUGCUGUUCUCAGUCUUUUUCUUUUCGGAUGGUUCAUCGUUGGUCAAUAUUGGACGUGGAGUAUCUAUAAGCCAAAUUUCGAAUUUGGUUUAAGAAAUCCGGAGAACUACUGCCACCGGAAUGUUUAUAUAUUUGCACUGGUUCACAUUGGUUUUGUCUACGUCAUGUUUCUGGCUACCAUUCUUUUUCUUGUUGCUUUGACGUGUUGUGCUAGAUUUCCACAUUUGAUUGUGAAAACACCACGUUAA